AGUUGACUCUGAGAAUGAUGAAUCUUGGAAAUGGUUUUUCAGAAAUAUUAAAGAAGCUUUGGUUUAUAGAAGUGGAAUGGUGAUUGUUUCUGAUAGACAUGAGAGUAUUGCAAAAGCUGUUUUAGAAGUGUAUCCAGAAUCUGGGCAUGGGGUAUGCAUAUACCAUCUAUUCAACAACCUCAAGACAAAGUUCAAAAGAAAAACAAAGAAAAUGAAAGAUAGUUUUUUUGAAGCUGCACAAGCAUAUACCAAAGAUGACUUUGAUUGGCACAUUGAGGAACUGAAGAAACUGGAUGAGGGGAUAGUACCAUAUUUAUACUCAGUUGGGUAUGAAAAAUGGACUAGAGUUUUCUCAACAUCAAAACGAUACUCAACAAUGACUUCAAAUAUAGCCGAAUCCUUGAAUGCCGCAUUGAAAAAGAUAAAAAAUCUGCCAAUGACUGCGUUGCUACAGUUCUUGCAUGCAUUGGUACAAAUAUGGACACAUAUGAACAGAAAUAUUGCAAGAAACACAUUUACCAAACUUGCAAAAGUUCCACAUGAAGCACUAGAGCAAAACUACCUCAAAUGCAUUAAGCUAAAGGUGACUCCUUCUAGUGAAGCAAUAUUUACUGUUUCUGAAAUGAACACAAGCUUCAUUGUUAACUUAGAGGAGAAGAAUUGCACUUGUAGAAGAUUCCAAAUUGAUGAAUUGCCAUGUAUUCAUGCACUGGCAGUACUCAAAAAGAUGAAUCAAGAGCCAUACAAAUUUUGCUCAUCUUACUACUUAAAGGACACGAAGCAACAAACAUAUCAACGGACUGUGCAUCCAAUUCCAGAUCAGGGGACAUGGCCAAUGAAUACUUGCGAUCAACUGAAAAUCUAUCCCCCACAUGGAAGGAAAAAGUCUGGAAGGCCAAAGAAGCAGAGGUACAAGGCACACUGGGAGAGUACAAGUACACACAAAUGUGGGAAGUGUGGAAACCAAGGGCACAACAGAAAGACAUGUAGGAAUGCACCACAACAGUAGAAAGUUUCUAUAAUGUAGUUUCUAUAAUAUAAUUGUUUUACAAAAUCUCUCAAUUGCUACUGUUCAAACUCAAUUUAAUAUAAAUAUGCAUUCAUAUUGUUAGUGUCCAUUCUGUAUAAGUUUUAUUUAUAUUCUGUG